UGAUGCCGUUAUCAUCCGGUGGGAAUAUAGCGGCCUCUGGCUCUGUCUCGGACGCCACCACACCGUCUGUAUCGGCUAAGCAACCGGAAGAUGAAGACGAAUUUUACAACGAAAAUGACGGUAGUAGCGACUACCCGGUGCACCCAAGCAAUGCGAACACAGAUAGCAGCGCACAGAACUCCUCCGGAGACCCCAACUCCAGUCAAGCCAAACCGCACGCCGUCAACGUUAUCCCACAAUCGUCCAUAACCGAGGAAAUGCAGGCCCAGAUCCUGCAGAAGCGGGUGCUCACCAAAGAGGACAACAACGAGAUCUACUGGCGGUUGUCGAAAAUUCAGCGAAAUAACCGGAUCGUCUUGACCAGCGUCGAUAAGGGGAGCAUUACUUGGUUGAAAAACUGGCUCCGCCGGGCGAAAUACAGUAUGAAGCAGGGGGGGUUGGGGAUCGUGUUGUCCAGUGAUCCGCAACAGCAGAACAGCCUGGAUUUGCAGUGCAAGUCGGUCGCGUCC